GGAAACAGUGGCCAUUAAUCAGUCUGCUUUUUCUGCACUCUCUCUCUCUCUCUCUCUGAACCCUUCUACGAAAACAAACACAACCUUCUUCUUCUACCUCUCCGAUGGCCCAGUUGGAUCAAAAUUUAUUUAGGAGAAAAAUAUCCAAAAAAGAAAAAGAAAAAAAAGAAAGAUGGAAAGACAGAGGAGAAGGAAAGGUGGUCUCUUCUAUUGCCCUUCAACCGCCACUAAUAUCCUUCUCUCUAUAGGUCUCCCACUCCGCACCCGUAUGGGUUUCCUUCAGUUUCAACAUUCAUGCUCUUCAAAUAGCCAUCCUCUCUCUCUCUCUCUCUCUGUAGAGAUAUAUAUAUAUAUAUACACACGCCCAUAUAUAUCUCAAACCCCGAACUUUUUCUGCCUUUUCUAUCUGGGUUUUUGUUUUCUGGGAAUAUUCUGCGAUUUUUUCUUUGUGGGUUUGAGAGACACUGACGGAAAGCGAUGAAAAGGUCUUUUGUGGGUCUUCAUCACUCUCGCGCCGUCGAUGAAGAAGCCAGGACUAGACUCAAGCAUCAGACGCUAUUGGAAGAGUACUUGCAAUUACAAAAGGAGUUUGUUUCGAUGAAGAGAAAGUUGAAGACAGUGAUGAAAAGGAGAGAUACCCUUGUUGCUGAAGUCCGAUUUUUGGCACGAAGGCGUCAAUAUUUAUUGAAAACCCAAUCUUUGAAUCUCAAACUUGAAGAUCAUCCCCAACCACAAAAUUCAGAUACACCGAGUAAAAUUCUCGAAAAGAAUAGGAAAGGUAUUAUCAAAGCAGCUGCACUGGGACACCCUUAUUUAGGCUUGGUUUCAAGUCAAGUCCAGAUAUGGUAACCGUGUUGAAAAUAUAAAAAAUUAUAUAGAAAUCUGUGGUUUGUUAUUUGUAUUGACUAGUCUUUGUAUUGCAGAGAGUUGAAGAGAAGGAAAGAAAAGAACGAGAACAGUUUGGUGGGGAGUCAUUGACGAUAGAUCACAACUUGAGGAAUUGGUUGGCUCAUGAGAAAAGAGUGGGCAAGAAGAAAAUCUCAUGGCACGAUGAGAUUUCUUUGAAGGUCUAAAUCUAAAUACUCAUUGUUGUGAACCAAAAAAAUGGUUCCAUUUUGGCACAGCAAUAAUUCUUUCUUUUUUUUUUUAAAUCAUUUUUCUUCUAUUUUUGUAGUUCAAUUUGUUUGUUCUUGGAUGCCCUCCAUUUCUCUUAGGGUAAACUGUAAAGAGAAAAUAUUAUAAGUUUAUUAAUAUCACAUGACCAUUUUUGAAA